GAAACUUGCUCCUUGGACAAAAGAAACCAGCGGGCGCGGUGGGAGAAUUUUUUGUCAACAUUGGCGCAACGCAACGCAACUCAUGUACACCCCAUUCCGAAAGCUUCAACAACGGAGAUAUUUAGCUGUUGAGGCAGCUUAUAAAGCAUGAGACCGCGCAGAGAAAGUAUCGCAAAGCAAUGUCAUUUGGGAAGCGGAAUUGGAAGUGUAGAUUUACACGUUUACUCUCACCCAUGUAAAGAGUCUGGAUUCCUUUCAGCCCAUGGCUUUUUUGUGGUUCUUUUUAAUACUUCUCCCACGCAACGCCCGUCGAAUCCUCGUGUGCUGUGGGCCUGCCGUUGGGGGUGUCAGACUAUGCCAGAUGUAUAUAGUAAAGUCAGGGUAAACGGCGUUUUCUUCUCAUCUCUUUUUCUUUUUUGUUUUGUUUCCCGCCCCAUUUUCCUUGCGUUCUUUUCGCACCUUCCUGUUUUCAUUUCAUUUCAGUUCUGUUCGCUUUCUCCCUUUUCCUUUUCAUCUUCCGUUUUUACUAUUUCCUUUCUCUUCUUUUCGUUCAGCGGCGUUGAUUCCCUCCUCACCUUUUUAUUUAUUUAUUUGUUUGUUUUCCCCUCUUAACUUUAAACCCCUUAUCAUAAAUCGGCGUUUGUAUUCUCUUUUACUUUGAUCUGUGGAAAUACACAGCACUGUAGCAGUUAUUUUACAAUACAUUUCCAUUACAA